UCUAUUCUUUGUUCUUGUAUCUGAUGUUUGAUUAAAAUAAUAAUUAUUUUCUUUAGUUCUGGAAUUUAUUCUAAUUAAUUGACCAGACCCUUCUCUUUUUACCUCCCAAUUCUUGAUUUGAUCAGACACAACGCAAAUCUUGACAUUUCUUUCUUUCGACAAGUUUCAUCCUGUAUCGUCACGCGCGCUAAACCCAGUAACCUUAUAUUUUCAGAACAACAAGCGUUUAUCACGGUUGUCUCCUUUGUAACUCUAAGAGAUCAGUCUUGGCUCCACAAACAUUGAGGUGAUAUCUUGUAACGUAACUGCCAAGAAGCCUCCUCUUACUUGUAUGUGUAAAAAUUUCUUGUACCCAUUUGUUUCUUUAAUUCUUGUUUAUAUCAAUCUGCAAGGAGACAAAAAAGCAAAAACCCAGAAAAGAAAAGCUGUUUUGGAGGAGGUUUGAUUGUUGUUUUGUUUGUUUAAGAGAACCUCAUGGCAGGAUGUUCGGUUUUAAGUGCUUCAGAUUGUGGGAAAAUUAGUAGUCAUGAGAGUAACGGUAGUUGUGCUGAGGUUGAUAAUGAUGUAAAAGAUAGUUUCGAUAAUUCUGAUGAAUACAAGGACAAACUGAAAUGCCUGUUUGAUCAGGUUCUUUCAGCCUUUUUGAAAGAGAUGGUUCAUAAAGGUUGCCGUAGGCCUGUUCCAGCAUUACUAGGUGAUGGACAGUCACUGGAUUUGUUUGAACUCUUUUGGGCUGUGAGAGAGAGAGGUGGUUUUCAUAAGGUGUCUGAAAACGGCUUAUGGUCUUUUGUGGUGAUGGAUUUGAGAUUGGAUCUUUGUGUUCUGGCUUCAGUUAAGUUGGUAUAUAGUAGGUAUCUAGGUGAGCUGGAGAAAUGGUUAAUGGGAAGUGGUAGUAGAAGCUUUGGAAAUGGAGGGUAUGAUUGCGGUGGGAAUCAUGAUUUGUUGUCGAUGGAGUUCGAAAUGGAGUUUAGGGAUUUGCUAAUGAAAUGGCCAUACAAGAUUAAAGAUGAUAGGCUUUCUUUGGUGGAACAUGAGAGAAAUGAUAGGUAUGUUGAUGUGGCUAUUGAGAAGAGUGCAUUACAUUUGUGGGACAGCAAAUGUAGGCAUGUGAAAUCUAGCGCUGUUGGAAAAACCAGUAGUGAUUAUGACGAAAAUUUCUUUGAUAAUGAUGAAAAAUUAUGUUAUAAUGACUCAAGUGUGAGUCAAAAUGACUUUUCUUAUUGUAAGAGGAAGCGGGAAUCUUUAUCAGGAAUGUUGAACUGGUUAAUCCAGAUUGCAAAGCAUCCUGAUGAUCCGUCGAUUGGGGUAAUUCCAGGGCCAUCUAAGUGGAAGCGGUAUGGAGACAAGACGCAAUGGGUCCAGGCAAUCAGGGCACGAAAUGCAUUGCUACGAAAAAGGCAUGUUGAUUUGAAAAUUAAACAAUCUCCCUUGCAGAACAGUCAAAAGAUGCAUCCAUCCAUGUAUGAGGACAUUGCAAAUCAUAGUCACUAUUCUACAGAGAGGUUAAGAUGCAGCGAAAGGCUUCCUACCUUGGUAAAAUCUCGUUUAUGCUCUUGUUGCAAUUCAUGUUCUGCAACUGAGGGUAAAUUGACUAGUCCUCGCAAGACAGAGUUGGGGACUGGACUGAAGGAGAAAACUCCUGUGAACAUUAUUUCUUGUGUAGAUGAGCCCUUUGAGAAGCAUGUUGCUAUCGGACCUCUCUUUCAAGCUAGUGUCCCUGAAUGGACUGGUGUGGUUGCCCAGAGUGACCCUAAGUGGCUAGGCACAUGUAUAUGGCCUUUGGUUGAUGGGGAACAAAAUAGGGAUCCCAUUGGGAGGGGAAGAUCGGAUGCAUGUGGCUGUUCACUUCCAGGUUCUGUUGAAUGUGUUAGAUUUCACAUUGCCGAGAACAGGAUGAAAUUGAAGCUUGAGCUGGGUUCAGUUUUCUUCUUUUGGAAAUUUGAUGGGAUGGGUGAGGAAGUAUCACUUAGAUGGACAGUUGAAGAAGAAAAUAGGUUUAAGGAUAUGAUAAAAUUUAGUACUCACUCUUUGAGUAAGCGCUUUUGGGGAAAUGCAUCCAAAUUCUUUCAUAGGAAGACAAGGAAAGACUUGGUAAGCUAUUACUUUAAUGUAUUCCUUAUCUGCCGCAGAAGUUAUCAGAAUCGUGUGACUCCAAGGGAUAUUGACAGUGACGAUGAUGAAUCAGAGUUUGGAUCUAUUAGUGGCAGUUUUGGGCAUGAAGCAGUGAAGGUUCCUGGCUCUGACAUUAUGAUAUGUGAUCAAAACAAUCAGUUAACAUAUUUGGAAUAGAGAAUGAUGCAGGUCAGUUGUUACUCCAAUUAGAAAGUCAAGUUCCGCAGGCUGUACAUUCCCGUUAAAAGUUUAACGGUUCUUUCCCUCAAUAGCAAUACAGCAUCACUCAUUGACAAUGAAGAUUUGAUGGUUUUAGUAAUCACAUUGAAGAAUGAUGCAAUUUUGAAGAGAAGUUGCUGAGGUGGAAGCAGACCUGGCAGGGCUCUUAAGAUGCCGAGCACACAAAAUAUGCUUAAAGUUUUCUUGGGUUUAUUGAACAAAAUUUUCAAGUUUUCAAAAGUUAAACUGGAAAACUGUGUUAUUGAAUGCAAUGGCUGCAUUUUGUAAACUGUCAAUAAAUACAGGUAAACAUCUUUUUGGAUAAAGGAAUAUGGAGGAGGCAGGGGUACACAUACUUGUUCUUAA